AUGGAGCCGCCGCCGCCGGUGGGAGGGGCCGCCGCCACCAUGGGAGUCGGGUAUCUCGGGGCCUCCCCAACGCCUUGUAGGUCCGGUGGUGCUCCCUCCUCAACCUGGGAUCUGGCAGCUCCCCCUCCCCAUCGCCCUGGGAUCCGGUGGCACCCCCUUCCCAUCGCCCUAUUGAUCCGAUGGUACCUCCUCUCCAUCCCCAUCGUUAGUUGCACCCCAUCCUUUGGUGCUAGAUCAGCGGGGUCCAACGCCGUGGCCGCUCACGUAUCGCCUUUCUCGAGGCUUUUCUCAUCGGCCUCGGCGGCCGUGGCCAUCGCGCCCCACGACGCACACGACUCGGGCCUCGGCGGCUCGGCGUACUGGGCUUGGAUUCGCGCGGGGACCGAGUCGGCCCCGGCGCCCAUGCCGCCACAAGAGGAGGAGGACGAGGGCCCGGCACGCUACAUCCCCAUCAAGGCCUACUUCCUCUCCACUAGCAUUGAUCUGAAGAGCAUGCAAGCGGAGCACGGGAAUGAUAUUGUACCUCCACCGACCUGUUUGCUUAACUACAUUGCGCUUUGGUACUCCAAGUUCCCACCUGAGAUUAUUUUCCAGUAUGGUUCUGCUCUGCUUUUUAGCAUUGCUGAUCAUGAAGCUGAGUACUAUCUUGAUAUAAUUAGGAAGCAUGCUUCAGGAUGGCUUCCAGAGACGAGAAAAGAUGAUUAUGCAGUGGUUGAGAAACCAUCCUUGACAACAUGGGCGAAAGGAGGUCUUGAUUAUAUAGUUCUUAAAAGUUUGGACACGGAUGGGAUUUGCAUAAUUUCAAGCGUUCUUGGUCAAAGUAUCACCCUUGAUCAUUAUAUUCGACAGGUUGAUGAUAUGGUUGAGGAAUUCACUGAAAUUAAUCGUGUCACGGAAAAAACUGGCAACUUCACCAUGCAAAGAAAAAAACUCUUUCAACUUGUGGGGAAGGCUAAUUCGAAUCUUGUGGAUGUUAUCAUCAGACUUGGUCUUUUUGAUAGGUAUGUCUACGACACUCAAGUACUGUACUUCCUAUUUAGGAUGGUUCCAUCUCUCAUACAACAUAUAUGA